CAACCUGGGAUCGACUGGCUCCAGAUUUUUCUCCAUUGUCUUAUAGAUACGAGCAAUCCGAGCAGCUCAAGAAACUUCAUUGUCGACGUCGGCUCUACGCGGUGUCUUCGAUCGCGUUGCACAUCACCUGAGUAGUGAAUGGCGUUUUGCCUGAUCAUUAGAAGAGAGAGUCUCCAGGCUAGACUGUUGUGUCGUUUCCGUGAAGCGUUGAGUGUGAGUGUGAGUGUGUGUUAUUUCUACUAGCGAUCGAUCAGCAGUUGUUGUGAGGUUGUGUGUAAUCAAACAAGUGUUUUCUCUAUCUUCUUGUGAUUCUAUGGAUGGCGAUUGCUGGUGUAGGGACAGGGGGAGUGUUGAUAGAGCAGCGGGGGAGUUCCCAGUGCGGAUAGUCGGGAAGACUAUUUGGCGGCGUCUAGGUCGUGUGGUUUUUGAGAAUCAAGUUUGUGAGUGGUCGUGGACAACUGUGGCAGAAUGUUGGUACUUAUGAUGUCUAGAAAUUCCGCGUCGCCAUCGCAUUAGUGUCAAGUUUAUGAGCAGCAAACCUGUUGAUUGAACUGCUACAAGGAUCGGGCCAUUCCUUCGACGUGUUGAAGCAAGAGGCGGCUGAGGAUUUUUGCGAGUGUGUGAGGGGUGCGUGUUAGCAGUAGCGAGUAGACUUCUCUCGAUCGCUUGUAGGAAUCUAUGGAGGAACCCAGUUACUGCAAUCUUUCAUUGGCUAUGAACUGCACUCUUUCUCUAGGGUCUACCACCUCGAGGACAGAUAUUCCUGCGCGGCUCUCUCGUGCAGGAUCCCCCAACCAAAACCUUGCUUGGUCCAUCUCAGUCCACUCGGACAGAGAAGUUCCAUCCCUCGACAAAAGCGAUCAGGAUGUUUCCUGGGGUGGGAGCAGCGAUCCCGAUGGUUCUCCGGAGUAUUAUCCCAAGAUCUCAGAAAGACAAGGCCGAUUCAGUGAUGGCGGCAGAAAGAGUUUCAAGACAUGGACGAAAUCUUCUUCACGGUCCUACAAGGAUGGAGUAGAAAUCUCACAAGCGUUGUUUGGCAUGGUUCGCAAUUCAAGUUACAGCAAUCGCUCGAGUCCCCAACCCUGGGUACCGAACAAUCUACCACACAGUGCUGUUGCCGAGGGUAAUACUGCUGCGUCCAAGGUUGAGCGAUGCAUGCAAGAGGCCGACAGGCAUGUGCACGUGUGCGCUCACUGCGGCACCUCCAAAACUCCGCUCUGGAGGAAUGGGCCAGGGGGACCGAAGUCUCUCUGCAAUGCGUGCGGCAUUCGCUUUAAGAAGGCUGGGAGAAGGUCCGCCGCGAACGGCAACCCUGAGGAACCAGGCUCGCUACCAGCUGCCCCCAAUUUUGCUAAGCGAAAACAGGCUGCGGUGAGCCGUGAUCCUCAUGGCUGGGUGUUAUCUCCCGACGCGAAGCCAAGGAAGAGGAGCAGAGGACCGCUUUUGCGGGCACCAGACAAUCUCAUGUUUGACAGUUGUGUCCCUUGGCAACCCUGUCGAUUGGUGGGUUCUCCGAAGCGCUCUCCAGGGUCGCGCCUAGCCAGCGACCAUGAGAACAAACUGAACAUGCAAUUUGGCUCAUAUUCAUCAGACGAAGAAGAAGGGGCCGUGCUACUGAUGGCACUUUCAUGUGGUGUGGUGGACGCCUGACUGUAGGCUAUCUCACUAUCGAGGCCACUAUUCAAAUGCUCCAACACUGGUUGCAUAAGGCUUUGUAAAUACUCGGAGAACUUAGAUUUAGAAGCACGCCGAGCGUGGUCCAGGAGACAGGGUGCAUCACAACCCUGACAAUUCCGACCAUUCUGCGAAUCCUGGCUCGCUACGGCCAUGGUAGCGGCUCGACAUCUGCGCCUCCGCCGCCGCGAGCACUUACGAUUCAUCUGAGCUUAGAUCACAACAUUUUGCCUUCGCUUUCUCGUUUUCUUUACUAGAAGUAGCAACGAAUGUAUCUUUAGUAGGACAGUCCACUGAUGAGAUUUCGACAGCAUGAUUUUUGCGACUUCCCUCUAAUUAUUGUUUCGAUGGAGAGGAAACACUCUCUGCAACAUAUAAAUGAAACUUCACUCUCCUUUUAUCCCC